UGAAGGGACUGAGCCCUGGGUUCCACGUGUGUUAUGACAGCUCUCACCCGGCUGCCAUAGGACCUUUGCUCUGUCACCUCAGGGAUGUCCUCAGAUGUGUGUCUGUCCCUUUAGUGUUUGUUUGGACUGUGAUUAGCCUAAGCUGGCAGGUCCUGCACAGUUGGAUUGCUGUGGGGGGCUCAAUAAUUUGGAUUAUUCAAAGAUUAACCUUUCCAUCAUGGCCGACCUGUCGCAGUACGUGCGGUUACAAGAUGGCGGCUUUGUCUUUGCGCUGCUCUGUAUUGUGUUCAAUCCCUUGUUCUGGAAUGUGAUGGCAAGGUGGGAGUACAGGACACGGUCUCUGAGUAGGAUGGUUGGGUCACCGUAUAUCGCCUGCUACUGUCUGGGCGCUGUACUGAUAUUCCUGGCAGCCUUCAGAAGCCAUUGUUUUACAGAAGCUAUGAGGACACAGCCCAGUCUGGGGGUUUUAGAGACACCCGGACCAUAUUACCUGGGGCUGAUACUUCUGGGUGCCGGAGGGAUCCUUGUGAUAUCCAGCUUUCUCGCUCUGGGAUUUGUUGGGACAUAUUUAGGCGAUUAUUUUGGCAUCUUGAUGGACGAAAAGGUUACCGGUUUCCCUUUUAACAUAACAGAAAACCCAAUGUACUGGGGAAGCACUGCCAACUACCUCGGACUGGCACUUACGAAGGCAAGUCCUGCAGGUCUAGUUCUCACUGCUGUUGUGGCUGUUGUGUACAAAGUGGCCAUUGCGUUUGAAGGGCCUUUUACUGAAGAAAUCUACCGGAAGAAAGCGGAAUCUGGGAAGAAUAAAUAAGGAUUGCCGGCUACCGUGGGUCUGAAAAUCCAACCGCUAUGAUGAACAUCUGAGCUGGUCCUAUAAUUCUACAGACUAAGAUUUCACUUUACCCUCAUUGACCAAGAGAAGUGUUAUGCAAACGACUCACUCUCGAAUUGCAAUAUAAUGCGAAAUUUCACUCCAAUUUGGCGUUACGUGUGGAGUGAUCCUCUUACAUCAUUUGGAUGGACAUUUUAUAAUAGGCAUUGCAGAACAAUAACCAAAAAACACAAAUACAUUGACAGCCAAAUAUUACCCUGAUUUUAUAACUGUGUCUCGUUAUAUCAUUACAAUCCACCGGAUCCCAUUCAGCUUGCAUUGCAAGAUCCACCAUGUUUUUCAGUACGGAUAGUACUUCUAGAUGAAAAGUCCUGCCUUCAGUAUGUAGAAUUCAGAUGCUGCAGGAGAGAAAUUAAGUGGUUAAUCAUUGGGAAAUACUACGGCAUCUGAAUUCUUUAUACUGCAUUAGCAACACUUUUCAUGUGCUGUCCGUACGUAGCUACAAGUGAUACAGACUGAUGCGUCCUGGUAGUUUAUGGGGGGGGGGGGCGGGUUUCACUAUACAGUCGCGUAAACUAAAUGUAGCCCAAAAUAGCUGAACUGGGCAUGUUUCACCUAAAUUAAAUCAUUUGUUUUGUCAAAUCUUGCUGUUUUCUCCUACACUUUGCUAGUCAGGUUUGAACACCCUGUUUUAUAAAUAACCCCUGUUAGGGCGCCAUAAAUAACUAAACGUUAUACGAAGUUUAUAUUGGAAUCUAUCAGUUUGGAAUAUCAG